UUCUACGAGGUUUCCUGCAAGAACCACAAGAGCUGCAGGGGCGGCAGCGUGACGGUGCGCGCCGUCGGGAAGCAAGGCAACGGCGAUUUCCUCCUCUCCUCGACCGCGUGGGACAAAAUCGUCCGCGACCGGGCCGCGUAGAGAUUAAGUACCGCGGCGUGGAGUGCCCUAGCAACGGCACCUUUGCGGUACGGGUGAUGCCGGGGAGCAACCCUUACUGGUUCGCGAUUCAGAUUCUGGGCGUGGUGGACGCGGUGGAGAAGGUGGAGAUCUCCAAGGACGCCAGCAGCUGGACGAGCCUGCGCGCCAUGGGAGAGAGCGCCACAUGGGUGCUGGGGUCCGGCGCUGAGAAGAUCGUGGGUGUGGGGAGGACGGUGAGCGUGCGCGUCACAGAGGUGGCCCAGGCCGGGCAGCAGCUGGUGCUGCAACUUGUGAAUGUGAUCCCGGCCAAGUGGAGCGCCGGGACGACCUACGAGUACACCCGGAGCAGGUGGGAAGACCUGCGAGAGUACCGGCAACUUCACGCUACACACAGGCGUUGAGUGGAGUCGUUUGGGGCAUAAGUGGAUA